AAUUAAAUCCCCAGCCCACCUUAUCUGUUCUUAUUGAUAAUGUUAUCCACUUUGCAAAAACUGCUUUUGUGCCUCUUGGCGUUCUUUUUGCCACCGGCACCGGUGUUCAUGCUCCAGAAAACAAUUUUCACCAAGGAGUUUUUGGUCAGCGUGUUGCUAACGUUGAUGGCCCAUUUCCCGGGGUUACUUUUCAGUCUCUACUUUAUUAUAAUUGAGUACCCCAGAACCGGCUACGUGAGCGCCGAUACCGAAAACCAGAGACACCACCACCACGAUGGUGACGACAACCAGCCUUCGAGUCACGCCGCUGCUCUGUACAGUGACUUUUCCCCGGUUCCAGCUGGCGGUGCUGAAGGCAGCUCGAAUGCCCCACCGCCAACGUACGACGAGGUGGUGCCGGUUGAGCACCAGUUGCAGCACGGCGAGGCCGACUCCAAGCGGUCAGGUGACAAUAAGGUUCAGGUUUAAAUAGUUUAUACGUGGUAUAUACGGAAAGAAACGUUACUCGUUACUCAAGAGCCACCAUGGCUUUGGCCACAAAGCCCUCCAAGUGGAAGAUGGCCUUGGAUCCCAAACUCAACCGUUCGUCGAACAUUGACCCGAUUUCCACCAACUGCUGGGCCUUACUGUGGUUGUUGCACAAACGAAGAAGCUCAAAGAGCACACCCUUUAAGAUGAUUCGAGCGGGAAUACAGUGGGCGAGCAACUCGUAGAACACUACGCGAGUCUUGGCCAAGUUUGACACAGAGCGGUUGGUGUAGAUGGAAGACGAAACGUUUUUGAUGAUGACUUCCCAGUCCAACGUCACCACCGCGUUCUGCCCGUCACAGGCCACGGAGGCAUUCAGCAUCAGGAUGGUCUCGAAGCUAAGCAACGCCCGGCGGAGGUUCUGGUCCGAGUUGGCGGCCACUUGACUCAAGAAGCCCGAUUGUACGGGGUCUGCUGUGAAGUGGACGGACUCUUUGGUGGCCA